AUGGCUGAUACCUACAUUAACAAUUUCACGAAUAAAUCACUAGAGCUAUGCAAUGGGAGCCUAGUUGUCUCAGAUUGUCUAUGGCGUAUCAUUUUAAGCUGUUUCAUGACCCUAUUUAUGUUGAUGAGCUGCAUUGGUAAUGGCGCCGUCUUACUCGUUUUACGCUACCAUCAUGAUGAUAUCAAGUCGGCAUCUAACUAUUUUAUCACUAAUUUAGCCUUAACUGAUUUUUUACUGGGCGUACUAUGCAUGCCCUGUAUUUUGAUUUCCUGCUUAAAUGGGCAAUGGGUUUUUGGUCAGACCUUAUGCAGUUUAACAGGGUUUGCUAACUCAUUUUUUUGUAUUAAUUCCAUGAUUACUUUAGCCGCUGUUAGUGUGGAAAAAUACUGUGCUAUUGCUUCACCAUUGACAUAUCAUCAUUAUAUGAGCAAAAGUAAAGUCACAUGUGUAAUUUCAAUUAUAUGGAUCCAUUCAGCUAUUAAUGCUAGUCUACCCUUUUUGGGCUGGGGAGAAUAUGUCUACCUUCCUUUCGAAACAAUUUGCACAGUUGCUUGGUGGAGCUUUCCAAAUUAUGUUGGUUUUAUAGUUGGUAUUAAUUUUGGACUACCUACCGUGAUCAUGAGUUGUACUUAUUUCCUCAUACUAAAAAUUGCUCGUAAACAUUCAAGGCGGAUAGGUGUAUCUACCCGAAGAAUACAUUAUAAAACACAUAUUAAAGCAACAUUGAUGUUAUUAAUUGUCAUCGGUAGUUUUAUAGUCUGCUGGCUACCGCAUCUUAUUAGUAUGAUAUAUUUAACCAUUUAUGAAAUAAGCCCGUUACCCUGUAGUUUUCAUCAAAUUACAACAUGGCUAGCAAUGGCUAACUCGGCUUUUAACCCAAUCAUAUAUGGAGCUAUGGAUACAUCUAUAAGAAAAGGUCUUAAAACCUUACUCGGAUCCUGGGUAAAAUAUUGUAAAUUAUACUAA